CAAUAUCUUAAUAAUAAUUCUCAAAUGGGUAUUUGUGUAGGAAAACCAGCAAAUGUUGUCCAUGUUUCUUCAUCACAGCUCAUUAAAGAGGAUGAAGGAAAUCAACGAUCAGCAAGUAAGAAGGUUUUCAAAAUAAGGAAAGUUUCGAAAGCAUCAGGAGAAAAAAGUUUUCCCAUACCGAAUAACCUCAAGGCUUUUACGUUGAACGAUCUUAGAACCGCAACCAAGAACUUCAGGUCGGAUAGUCUCGUUGGAGAAGGAGGUUUCGGUCUGGUUUAUAAAGGUUGGGUUGAUGAAACCACUUUUGCUCCAGCAAGACCAGGCACUGGACUAGUGGUUGCUGUUAAAGUACUGAAAUCCGAAAGCCAUCAAGGCCAUCGAGAAUGGCUUACAGAGGUCGAUUACUUGGGCAAGCUUCGUCACAAAAAUCUUGUAAAACUCAUUGGAUAUUGUGAGGAAAGCGAAAGCAGACUUCUGGUCUACGAGUUCUUACCAAAAGGAAACUUAGAGAACCAUCUAUUUCGAAAAGGUGUCGAACCCAUAGCUUGGGCCACAAGAAUGCGCAUUGCCCUUGAUGUAGCCCAAGGCUUAUCUUUCUUGCAUAGUAAAGAACCCAGUAUUAUUUAUCGAGACUUGAAGGCUUCUAACAUAUUGCUCGAUUCAGAAUUCACUGCGGUACUUUCAGAUUUCGGGCUGGCUAGAAAUGGUCCUGUAGGAGACAACACACAUGUUUCAACCAGGGUUGUUGGAACCACUGGUUAUGCAGCUCCAGAAUACAUGGCCACAGGACACUUGACCAGAAGCAACGAUGUGUACAGUUUCGGGGUGGUUUUGUUGGAGUUGUUAUCAGGACGCCGAGCAAUUGCAGAUGAGAGAGACGGGGGUAUUGAAGAGACAUUGGUCGAAUGGGUGAAGCCGUUUUUAGUUGACAACAGAGGGGUUUUUAGAAUAAUGGACACACGGUUAGGUGGUCGCUAUUCAAGGAAAGGUGCACAAGCCGUGGCUGCACUCGCGUUAAAGUGUCUCCACAAAGAUUAUAAACAUAGACCAACAAUGGCUGAAGUUGUUGCCUCUUUAGAAGAAAUUGUUACAAAUUCACCCAGAAAUGUACUAUGAGUCUAUUAGUAAAGCUUAUUAUAGCUACAAAACCCGUAUAAAGAUGGUCAUUAACCAAAGUUGUAUAAUAUUUUUUUCGCCUGGUGGCAUUUGGCUUAAUAAUACCAUCAACUUCUUAUAAA